GGACCAUGACGACUUGAUACAAUUGCCACUUCAGAUUUGCUUAUAUUGAUACUUGUAUCCUCAAUUGUCUUUGCGCAUACUUAUACUACAAAUCUGUAUAAAACUCUCAUACCGUUGAAUCCAGAUAACCCCCUCAAAAGCUAUAUUAAAGAUCUUUGGCAUUCUCAAAUCCUACAAUCUGCCUUCCCAACCUGUCUCUCUCAAACUUUUUCUCCUCCUCGUUUUUUUCACAAUAAUGGCAGCCAUGCCCAAUUUCCUCAACCGUCUCAUUCGGCCCUUCACAUCCUCCUCCUCCCUCUCCGUCACCCCCGUCGCAUCACAAGUAUCAGUCCCUGAAUCCGCGCAAAAAUGUACCAUUGCCGCAGGCUGCUUUUGGGGCGUCGAACACAUGUAUCGCAAAGAAUUUAGCGGAAAAGGCUUGUACGACGCGCGUGUAGGAUAUAUUGGAGGCGAUACCGAGAAUCCUAAUUACAGAGCCGUGUGUUCCGGUUCCACUGGACACGCAGAAGCCCUCCAAAUCCACUAUGAUCCCGCGCAAAUAACCUACCGCCAGUUGAUAACCUAUUUUUACCGCAUGCACGAUCCUACUACUUCAAAUCAACAAGGUCCAGACAGGGGCACUCAAUAUCGAUCUGGAAUCUUUUACCACAAUGAAGAACAAGAAAAAGAAGCGCGGGAAAUUACUAAGCAGGUCAAUGAGAAAUGGUGGAAAGGGGGUGUAGUCACAGAAAUUUUGAAGGCAGGAGAGUGGUGGGAUGCGGAAGCGUAUCAUCAGAAGUAUCUGGAUAAUAAUCCAGGUGGCUAUGAAUGCCCAAGUCAUUUUGCGAGAAAAUUUCCACCGUUGGAGGACUAGGUUGUGACGAACGAAAGGGUAGGGGAUACAAAAUGAUAGAUGGCGGAAAGACUGAUAGUUUGCAGGAGGAAUGUGGAUUGAGUGUAUUUUACUGAAAGAUUUUAAUUUCGCAAGGACAUACAUUUCGUAGUCGCAAGAAUAUCUACUUUUCAAAACGUCUGAAAAUCUUUUAACAGAGCAUGUUUCGGGAUACUUGUUAAACGACUCAAAAUAAACCGCAGCUCGCGUAAAUCAAGGAGCA